AUGUUGCAGCGCCCGGCCAACGUUCUGGGUCGCCGCGCCGAGCUUAUCGACCGUGGCCCGGAGCGCCCCUCCACCCAGAGAUUCAAGGCCGGCGAUGCCGCAGCUGUAGCCGUGCAGGAUCAGCCGGCCCCUGGCCCGGCUUGCGUAGUGGCCGUGGGAGGCAGCCUGCCGCCGGUGCACGGCGACCAGGCCAUGCUGGCGGUGAAGGAGAUCCAGGAGACCAGCAACCGGUGCCCGCCAGUCCAGCCCUGCCCCGCAAUCGCGCUGUCGCUACGCCAGAUGGUGCUAGAGAAUCUGAGGGGCCGCAAGCGCGAGCUGCAGCAGGCGGUGGGGGAGGGCGUGGCGCCGCACGAGCGACCGCCGGUGACGGCCAGCCUCCAGGCCAAGUUUGAUGACCGCGACAGCGCCUCGUUGCUGGUGUAA